CUGUCUUCUUGUUUCUGUGGCUCAGUUGGUAAAGCUGGUCGUCCAGUGAUGGUUUAAAAUCCGCCUCCGACCGUCCAAAUCUCCUUGGGCAAGACACUUAAUCCUGAAUUGCUCCCAGUGGACCUGCAUACACCCAUAGGUGUAUGCAUGUGUGUGUGAAUGUGAGCCUCUGUCAGGUGCUUUGGGCACCAUGGUAAAGUGCUAUAUAAGUUCAUUCUAUUCAUCAUUUUUACCAUUUUCUACUUUAUUUUUUAAAAUGGAGACUCAAGACAGACCUUUUUACUCAAGCGUUUAACUAAUUAUGACUACUACUAUUCUGACUACCUUAUACCCACUACUUGUGUUUUAUCCUUACUUUUAGGUUGCUCCAAUUUGAUUGUACAUCCCUUUUUAACUGAUCUAUUGGUAUCCUUUGUUUCCAUUACACAUUUUUUAAAAUAUUGUUAUUGAUGGUCUUAUCCUAGUUAUCUUAUUCAAGUCGUUUAUCUUUUUUAAAUUAAACCUCACUAUAAAUUGUAGUAAAAAAUACUUGUUUUAAUGUCAUACGUGUCUGUUUCAUCUUACUCUUAUCUUACUGUAUUGUCUUUGAUUACCUGUUUUGUGAAGCACUUUCUGUUGUUUUUAUAAUGCAUGAAAGGUGCUAUCUGAAUAAAGGAUUGGCUGAUGAUUCCUUCCUCCAGAGGGAUGCUGCAACGUCCCAAGCCAGGUGGCUCUGAGGAGGAUCUCCUGAGAGAACAGGAGGAGUUCAUCAAGUCUGGAGCUCUCUCCGCUGCCAGUGUGCUCCGCCGCCCCGACAAGAGACGAGGCGAGGUGGGAGGAGGCCCUGAGGAGGAUCGGAAUGGUUGCGAUCCAGAAAGUCAUAAGGAUGUGGUCGCCGUAGAAGAUCUUCCGGACCAGCUUCCAUCCCUGACACCAGUGCCUCCUAAGAAGUCCCGCUUCAAAAACAGCCGCGUCACCUUCGAGGACGAGGAUGCGGGGGACAGGCUGGACAGACAUGACACUCACAUCAGCGCAGUUCUCUCCAAGAUUGUUGAACGAGACACCAGCUCCAUUCCAAUAUCACUACCGGAAUUUACAUGCAUGGCGUUCCCCAAAGCAUUGCAUCGCUCAGCAAACAGCACUCAGGUGCCUAUGUCUGCUGCGGGUGGGAAAAAGAGCAUUUUUGCUCAACAGAUUGCGGCUCAGAGACUAAAAGAGGGAAAGGCUCCAUUACACUUUACAUCUCGAGCUACACAGAAACACAAACCCAUGGAGCAGAAGCUUCCUCUUCAGAGGCCUAUGGAAGUAGAUAUGUCUUAUCACACUGGAGACCUGUCAAGUUCAAGGCUUGUGUCUGGUGAAGGACUCGGAUGUCCUGAUAGUUCAGAGGAGACCAGGAGAAUCCACGGGGAAAACCAGGAGAAGAUCCUGGCAAUGUCCCAGUCUGAAAUACUGGAGGAACAGGAGAGGCUCUUAUCUCAGCUCGAUCCAAGGCUGGUGGAGUUUGUUCGAUCCCGCAGAGCUGAGAGCGCCUCGGCUUCUCCCUCCUCAUGCGAACACCCAGAGGGCAAAAGCAGCAAGGAAAGUGUUUAUCUCAGUUCAGACUGCAACAGUGGUGCUGCACCCUUUCCAAAUCCCAAAGAAGUGGAAAUGAAAGAAGAGGCGGAAGAAGAGGAACUGUUGCCCCGAUCUGCCAUGAUUGAGAAUAAUCUGCCACUGAAACCUCAGAAGGAAUGGGUGCACAUGGAUAAACUGGAGGCCGAGAAGCUGGAGUGGAUGGGGGACAUGCCUGCACCCAGAAAAACUCGAACCAAACGGGCGAUGCAGGCCCGUUUUGAUUUUAACGGAAAUUUAAUCCCUCCCACGGAGGAUUUGCCCGCCCACCUGGGCCUGCACCACCAUGGAGACGAGCCUGAGCGUGCAGGUUACUCCCUAAAGGAGCUUUUCCUUCUGUCUCGAAGUCAGCUCAUCCAACAGAGGAGUUUGUCCCUUAGCACCCUCGGCAAUAUCCUUUCAAAGGCCCGCGCUGGGAACUACCAUUCAACCCUGAAAGGCAGUGUACUAGCCACUCUGCUCGAUGCCGGCCUGCUCUUCCUGCUUCGCUUUGCGCUGGAUGAUGGCGUGGAGGGAGUGAUGGCCGCUGCCGUGCAUGCACUCAGAGCACUUCUGGUGUGCACAGAGGAUGAAGAGUGUUUGGACCUCACCUUCCACUGGUUUCGUGGUCUGGCCGCCUUCCCCCUGCUGCCAUCUCAGGAGGAAGAGGAAGAUGAUGAUGAAGGGUUGGAUGAAAGUUUAAAAGAGACUGUCAAAGAGAGGGAGGAGAGGAAGACUGAUCAUGACGUAGCAGGGCAGGAUGUUGUCAAGGGUCUCCUGAGAAUGAAACUUCUCCCCAGAUUACGUUACAUCCUUGAGGUUGUCCGACCCUCCCCCCGGGUUGUUCAGGAUAUUCUGGAGGUCCUGACCCGUAUUGCCAGACACUCAUCAUCAUCUGCCACUCAGGUGUUGGACUGUCCUCGCUUGAUGGAGACGGUGAUGUCAGAGUUCCUUCCCACUUCUUGGACAGUGUCAUCUUUUUCCCUCCCUCUGUCUGUUUAUGGACUUCCCCUUGCUUGUGCCAUGAAGCUCUUAAGGGUUUUGGCUACUUCUGGCAGACAUGCAUGUGCCAGACUGCUCAACUCUGUGGGUGUGAGGGAGCGUCUGUCUCGUCUGCUCAGUCCUGAGCCCAGUGAGCUCCUGUUGGAGCCGCACGAGACCAUCAGGAUUACCACAGAAGCCUACAGGAUGUGGGCUGUGGCAGCUGGCUAUGGCCAGGCCUGCGACUUGUACAUAGAGUUGUAUCCAGCCUUACUGACGGCAUUGCAGUCAGUUCGUAGAACGCUGGCUCCCUCUGACCCUCUGCUGCAUCUGCAGCUCCAGAGGGUUUUGGCUCUGCUUGCUCUGCUUACUCAGGUCACACACACUGCAGGUUGCCACCAGGAACUGCAGGCUGGCAUGGUCAGUUCUUCAGGAAAGGAAUGUCCUCCUCCUCCUCCUCCUCCUCCGGUGUCAUGGGGUCAUGUCACAGGAUUGCCAGCAUCACUGUUGGGCCAUUUGAAGAGUUUUACGAAGGGUCUUGAUAAUCCGCUGGAGAGAGAGGGCAGUCUGUCACUAAUGCCAGCUUACCUGAUGUUCUUUGAGGCCUUCUACCAUCAGCUCUCCAAACAGAACUGUUUCAAGCCAGUGGAAGCUCUUCACGAACUGGAGCAGCUGACAUCAGAGGUUCUUCUUCCCCUGCUGUCCCACAGUGUUGUGCAAGACCUGAUAAAGAACCUCAAGUCCUUCUCAGUAGUAUGUAAUGUCCUGUCUGGUCACGUGGGUCCAGACACCUCUCCCAGCCUCCCUGGUUUGGCCUGCCCAGGAUGGAGGAACCGUCCAGGCUUGAUGUCUCCCUCCUCUCCCUUCCCUCUCCUCACAAGCCUGACGCUCCUCUUGGAAACUAUCACGGGCAUCCACAAAGGCCUCACAUGCAAGUUCACUGGCCUCCUUGCAUCAGAGCCUGUGAUUGGUUACAUGCAAAGUAUCAGUCAGGCCACUCCCACCCUGUCUCAUACCUGGUCCUGGCUCCUCCGUCACGAACACCACCUCAUCUACCUGCUGCUGCGCUUGGCAUAUAGAUCGGUUUCCAUUGAGACACAAGUGGCAAAGCAUGCCCCGCUCUACCACCAGGUGGCGCUAGUUCUUCUCCCAUGGUUAUUGCCUGGCAGCGAGCACCUUGCUCAUGACCUGCUCUCAACCAUCAUCUUUAGCAAAGACUUCAUAUCUGAAAGCCAUAGUGGCGGUCCAGAGGCCAUCGAGCUUGGUGAACUGAAGCUCCAUGAGGAAACUAGCCAUCACACCUCUCCUUCGCUCCAAAGCGUGGGAGCUCUCCUGAGAGAAGCCUGCGCCAACCUGCCCUCCAUCCGGGGCUGCUUCCUCACUCACCUUGCCCACCUGGAGUCGUCUGUGCUGGUGUCCCAGGAUGCCGUUUUAGGCCGAAACCCCUGGAUCAAAUCCCACCUCCUCCCAGAACUAACGGGACCCACCCUGCCGUCGGACUGGCCUUUCCUUCCACUCGUCAGCUUGUAUGAGACAACUGGGGUGUCUGGUGGUGGAGGUCUCUCUGUGGAGGAACUCCCCCAGGGAGCUCUGCUGGCAGUCACCCAAUGUUUGCAGUGGUUAGUGGUGCUGGAGGUAUGGAGGGAGGAAGCCCUGAAGAUAAUUACUCCAGUUGCAAAGCUGGCUCGGCUGUCCUGUGUGUUCCUGUGUUCCAGCGAUUUGUUCCUGGAGAGACCGGUUCAGAAACUGACCUGGGCUCUGUUCCGGCUACUAUCUAGGCCAUCAAAACUGGAAUCUUUAGACCUCAACAUCCCCCCUCCAGGUCUGGCCUCCUUCCAGGAUUUGUAUUGCGCCCUCUUGGCUCAGUACGAGGCCGUGUCCUUCGGAGACCGCCUCUUUGGAUGCUGGAUUCUGUUGCCCCUGCAGAGGAAGUACAGUGCCACCAUGAGGUUGGCUGUGUUUGGGGAACAUGUGGGCAUUCUGAGGUCAUUGGGUGUCACCCAAGAACAGCUUGCCAUCCCCAUGGAGCGGUUCACUUCUCCCCCUGAAGACUCCCUUCCUCUUGUACGCCUCUACUUCCGCUCUCUUGUUACCGGGAACGCGAAGCCUUCCUGGUGUCCCUUCCUUUAUGUGGUGGCUCUGGCUCAUGUCAACGCUUUUGUCUUCUCUCAGGAUGCUGCGGCGCAGGCGCUUGAAGCAGCACGACACAACAUGAUGAGAAAAAUCUACUACAUGAUGGAUGAGGUGUUAAAGAAGCACUUGCUGCUGUUCCGCCUGCCCAAACAGGACUCCCAGUUGGGCUUUGACAUGUAUAAUCAGUUGCCUCCCAUAAGAGCGAAGUAUCUGGAGAGCAUUGUGGGUCUGCAGAAUGAUGCCUGCUGUGAAGUCGAGGAGAGGUGAAGAGGACAAGGAGAACAGAGAUAGAAGUGAUCCCUCCCCCAAAAAAUGACUUCAAAUCAAGAAUGGGCUUUGGCGCCCAAUGCUGCUUGCUGUGAUUUUGUCCCAAUCAUAACAUUUACAGAAAAAGACAGGAACACUUCGAUUUCUUAGCAUCUCAAUGAAUAAUUGAACUUGUUUGCAGGAUUGCACACUCUACCUAACUUCUUUUUAUAGAACACAGUGCAUCCAAACUGAAAACAGUAUGAUGGAUUUAUAGUCUUAUCUUCUUAUUUGUAAAAUGUUUGUUUGCUAUAGCAGUACGUGAAAUUGCAAUGUGAGCUAAAAAUUCCAUCUCGUUCCUCAGUUUUAAGGAAUUUGUGACCUUUUUGACAGGUUUGAUAGAAGUGUUACUAAUUCUCUUAUGCACUGUGGUCAUGUACGACCAUGCAUUUAUUGUUGUUGGCAUGCAGUUUGGUAUCAAGACAAAUCAUACAUACUUGGCAAAUAAAGAUGAUUCAGAUUCAGAGAUUCAGAUUCAGAUCAAGACAUUGCAGUCAUACGCCACAGAUGUCCACUGACACCAAUGCAGUUUGGCUAAUCAAAUCUUUAAUGAGAACUUUUCUGUAAUUUUAAUUGUGUUUAAACCCUCAACAAACAACCACCCACACUGUAGACUAUGUCGUGGGGUUUAGACAUUACAAGAAUACGCUACGCCUUUAUAUCGUUGUGAACUAAUUCCACUAAGAUUGAUGCCCUUGAAUAACGGACUCAAGCCAAGCAUGCGUACCAGACGGCAGCCAGUCACCAGAUUUUAAAAAUGCCCAUGAGGGCAGGGUUUGUUUUCCACAUGUACUCGCACAUACCUGCUUGGCUCUGUUUUAAAGCUCAUGUCAUGGGAAGGAGUCCAACGGCACGCAAGCAACUUUUCUGCAACCCAUAAAACGUCCCAUAAAACAUCCCAUAAUAUGUUUCUCUACUUGAGGCUUACAUUGGAUUUGUGAAGAGCACUUGUCUGGGAAUUUUCCAGUGCCAACAACACUUUAGUUAAUAAACUGUUCCCCUCAACAGGAUACAAGGUUUUUGAAUACCAGAACAGUGUGAAGCUUUAGCUGAAAAAACGUGUCACAUAAUUUAGAGAGAAAAUAAGUGAAAAAUGAUUUCAAUUUGGCUGUAAAGAGGUGGGAAUGAAACACGAUCCUGUUUAGGAUCUUUGUGGAGCCACAGCCAGAAAUCACUUUGCAUUUU